CCGGUUUUCGUGCCAUGCGGUUCACGUUUUACAUCUCGAACUUCUUACACUUCUUCAGAAGAAGACGUUCACUAUAUGCUCGUGAAUCUACAUUCUACUGUCAAUACCUGCCUUCUUCUACUGUCAAUGCUCUAAUCAUACCAAUAGGAAGGAAUCUAUGCGAAUGAAGAACUAAAUAUUCUAUAUAGUGGACGACCAGCAUCACGACUGUGUUGGCACGGCACUUCAUUGUAUAUAGGAGCUCCACACGGGCGAACCAUGGAUUUGAGUUCCGGUGAACGGAUCGAAUUCCUCGGCGGCGAACCAGGCCUGCUGUUGCUCAUUUUCGUCGUCAUCGUUGGAGCCAUCUUCCGAAUGACGAGGCGAGUGGUAAACGUUCCCGUGCUAGCCGUAAUCGUUGUCUGGGGCUUCUUCACUGGGGUUCUUGUGAACAAGUAUGGCUCAAAGGAAUGCUUUCUGCCAGUCACUGACUUCCAUAUCAACGAGUUGCUCGUGCUGUACAUGCCAGUGCUCGUCUUCACCGUGGCUUUCACUAUCCGCUACCACUUAUUCAAGGGGGCCUUCUGGCAAUGCUGUAUGCUCGGAGGCGUCGGGUUAGUGUUCAGCUGCUCACUAUACGUCCUCUACAUGUCACUCAUGAGCGUGACCCUGACGAAUUCCAACUCCGGCACUAUUAUCAUCAGCUUCCUCGUCUGUUGCCCCGAGCCUAUGUUUUCUACAGACAUAUCACACCUAACUUCAGGAAAGUCCCAUAUCUUGGAGACACUGCUACAAGGCGAACCUCUGAUCGGCAUUUCGCUUCUUUGGUUCGUCCACCAUGUCUUCACCGUCACUGGCGGAGUCGUCAGCCUUUCAGGUUCUUUGAUGACGUUGCUAAUGACCUUGAUAGUCGGCCCAGUUUUCGGUAAACUUGUCGGGCAUCUUCUCGCAUACGCACUAAUUUCGUUAUCGCAGCUGAAGCUCAGUAUGGACGUGCCGGAAGAUGCAACUUGA